AAUCACAAUAAAUUAGGUUGCCCUAGGAAAAACAAAAAUGGUAAAAGAAGAGUGAGACAUAUAUUCCUCAUUUCUUAGAUUUCAUUUUCUUACCAUUGGAGUAAUAAUAGGUAGUAGAAGUAAAACUAGUUUCUUUAUCCGUGUAGGUAAAAAACAUACAUCUAUAUCUCAGGGUUUCCUUAUUUAGCUUUUAUUUCUGCAAUUGGCUUUUCCUGGGCUUCAAUUGAAAGAGAGAGAGAGAUGGGGAGAGGGAAAGUACAGCUGAGGAGGAUAGAGAACAAGAUCAACAGACAAGUGACUUUCUCGAAGAGGAGAGGUGGUUUGCUGAAGAAGGCGCAUGAGAUCUCUGUGCUCUGCGAUGCAGAAGUCGCCUUGAUUGUUUUCUCUCACAAGGGAAAGCUCUUUGAGUAUUCCACUGAUUCUUGCAUGGACAGGAUUCUGGAGAAGUAUGAGAGAUACUCAUUUGCGGAAAGACAACUAGUCGCCAACGAGCCUCAGUCGCCUGCUAAUUGGAACCUAGAACACAGCAAACUAAAGGCGAGAAUUGAACUCUUGCAGAGAAAUCAUAGGCACUAUAUGGGAGAAGAUCUUGACUCAAUGAACCUCAAAGAUAUUCAAAAUCUAGAGCAACAGCUGGACACUGCACUCAAGAACAUCCGAUCCAGAAAAAAUCAACUUUUGUUCGAUUCCAUCUCCGACUUGCAGCAGAAGGAAAAAGCAAUACAAGAGCAGAAUACCAUGCUUUCAAAGCAGAUCAAGGAGAAAGAACAGGAAAUGGCCCAGCAGCCAUGGGAUCAGCAACACCACAGCCACCGAGCACCGCAGCAUCCGCCUCCACCGCCGCCGUUCAUGAUGGCACCUCAAUUCCCUUGCUUGAACAUGGGAGGCGUGUACAACGAAGGAGAAGCAAUGGAGGCUAGAAGAAAUGAGCUUGAUCUCACUCUUGAUUCGCUCUACUCAUGCAAUCUCGGAUGCUUUGCUGCUUGAAGAAGCAUCCAACUCAUCAUUAAUUAGGGAACUAAUAAGCUUUCUGGUUUUUGUGUUUAUCACUUUUUAUUCCUACUACAUGUAUGGUCAUGAUACCUUUCAAUUAAUUUCUACUUGCGUGUGACUGUACAAGAUGAUUAAACCUCCCAAACUCGAUGUGAUGAAAUGUGUAAUAUUAAUUAAUUUCUGGUA